AGCUGCAUCAAAACAAGAUGAAUGUCAAUUUUUUAGUGGUGGAAAUGGUACACUUCGUUUCUGGCAGUUGGAUAUCGCUAAUCGAAAAAUUCGAGCAACAGAUAUUAAUACGGGUAUUGUUAAACGUAUUGUCAAAUGUAUGACAGUCUCAUUGGAUGGCACUAUUCUUUAUUGUGGUACAACCUCAGGAGAUAUACUUAUGAUCUAUAUUCCAGCUACUCAAUUUAAAUGUAUUGGACCUGAAAAGAAAAAAUAUUCAAUGGGAAUUACAACUAUACAAGCAUUAAUCAAUGGUGAUGUUUUAAUUGGUACAGGCGAAGGAAAAAUUCAUAUUGCUGAAAAAGAAACAUUUAAAUCAUUAAAAUCUGCACAAGCUAUGGGUGAAAUAACUUCCAUAGCAUUAAGAGGUGAAGGUCAUAUGAUUUUUAUCGGUACAGAUCGAUCACAUAUUUAUAAAAUUAAUUAUGCUGAUUGGAAAAUGGAAUUAAUUAAUACAUGUCAUAAUUCACCUAUAAACGAUAUUGCAUUUCCUUUUGGAACUUCGGAAUUAUUUGGCACAUGUGGAUUUCAAGAUAUUCGUAUAUGGCAUGCACCAACUGGUAAUGAAUUAUUACGAAUAUCAGAAGCAAAUAAAACAUGUAAUUCAAUAUGUUUUAGUCGUGAUGGAAAAAUGAUUUUAAGUGGAUGGGAUGAUGGUCGUAUUCGAGCUUUUUAUCCUGAAACCGGUCGUGAAAUGUUUAGUAUAAAUGAUGCACAUAAUCGUGGUGUAACAGCCAUAGCUAUUACAAAUGAUUGUCGACGAAUAGUUAGUGGUGGUGGCGAAGGUAUGAUACGUAUUUGGCAAAUAAAUCCAAAUUCACGUGAACUUUUGGCAACUAUGAAAGAACAUAAAAAUGCGAUUGUUUGUAUUCGUAUUAAUAAAUCGGAUACAGAAUGUGUUACUGCAUCACUUGAUGGUACUUGUAUUAUUUGGAAUUUAAAACGUUUUGCACGUAAUCAAGUUUUAUUUGAAAAUACACUUUUUCAUUGUGUAGCUUAUCAUCCCGAAGAAUAUCAUAUAGUAACAGGUGGUAGUGAUCGAAAAAUUGGAUAUUGGGAAUCUACAAAUGGUGCACAAAUACGUGAAUUAGAAGCAUCAAAAAGUGGAACUAUUAAUGGACUUGAUAUUGAUAAUUCUGGUAAUUAUUUUGUUACUGUUAGUGCUGAUAAAUUAGUAAAAUUCUGGCGUUAUAAUGAAGGUGACGUCAUAAGUGUUGGUAUUGGUCAUGGUAGUGAAGUGAAAAAAGUUAAAAUAUGUCCAAAUUCACAACAUAUUAUUUCUGUUAGUGCUGAUGGAAGUAUUUUCCGAUGGAAAUUUCCAAAAUCAACUAUAUAG